AUGGGAGCAGAGUUGGUGGUGACGUGGAGCACCUGGGAGGAGCUUCUUCUCGGUGGAGCUAUUCUCCGGCACGGAAACCGAGAUUGGACCGUCGUUGCCGCAGAACUCAAAACCCGAACCGUUUCGCCGUUCAUUUUCACACCCGAGAGGUAUUUCUUUUUGAAGGUUUGUAAAGCCAAAUAUGAACAGUUGCGACAGCAGUAUUCUGGGUGCAUGGCUUGGUUUGAGGAGCUUAAGAAGAAAAGAGUGGCAGAGCUUAAGAGAGAUUUGGAGCUAUCUGAAGAAUUAAUUGGGUCCCUUGAGUUGAAGCUUGAAUCCCUUAAGACUGGAAGGGACGAGAAAAAGGCCGAUUGCCGUGUUGAUGAUGGCUCAGUUGGACCCGAAUUACAUGUUCCGUCGCAGAAAUUGGAUAGAGUCGUGCCUUCCGCAAAAGAGAUGUCAAAGGAUGGGCUAUCUGCUGGGAGUUUCACACAAGAAACCCAGACAAACUGGUCUCAUGAAUGUAAGGUUCCAGCAAUGUCUUGUGAAGAUGUGGAGACCAAGCCUGAAGUUUCAGGGUCUACUGAACGGAAGAAAAUUUUGAAUGUAGAUAAUAAGUCGGCUCACACUGUAUAUGAAGGGCAGGGAGGGUGUUUGAAAAAACGAAGAGGGAAGAGAAAGAGGAAGGAUUGUGGCAGAAAUAUUAAUGAAGCUAGUGUAAAAGAAAGUGAUUUAUCAGCUGAUGUAUGUAAAGAAAGUUCUACCAGCAACUGUGAUGAGAUCGCCAAAUCUUCUGGUAUGAAUGAGGCAAACGCAAUCUUCAAAAAGGAUGAAGUAAAAGAUUUGUUGGAGCUCUUGGAUUCUUUUUUGUUAGUUCAAGGUGCUUCUGCCUUCUGUCGUAGGCAUGAUAGCCAGAAGCGAGGAAGAUACAAGAAAAUGAUCCGGCAACACAUGGACUUUGACACUAUAAGGUCUAAAAUCAACAAUGGAACAAUCAAGUCCAUGAUGGAGCUUUUAAGAGACUUGCUACUAUUAACCAACAAUGCUAUAGCAUUCUACUCCAAGAUCACUCGUGAAUACAAAAUUGCUCUAAAACUGAGAGACCUUGCCAUCAAAACAUCGGCCGAGAAACUCAAGUUUUUGAGCAGCAGCAAUGUCACCCUUGCCAAUGCCUCUACCUCAUCACCUGUGCAUGAACCUCAAGCGAAAAUCAAAAGCAUGACCACGUCACCUGCGCAUGAUCCUCCAGUGAAGGCCAGAACCACAUCACCUGUGCAUGAUCCUUCGGUGAAAGUCAGAAGCAUGCGCCCUGGUAACCGCAAGAUUCUUGCAAAGGUAGCUGGUGGCAGUAGCUCUGCUGAAAGGGUCUCACUUAGAGCUAAGAAAGAAGCUAAUAAAGUUGAUUCUCCAUCUUCAGUGGAAUCUUUACCCAUUAAGAAGGCUUUUGGUGUUAAAACAAAAAAGAUUGGACGUGAAAGUGCAGGUCAGAGACAUGCAACACCAAGGAAGGGAAAGAAAAGAGGGAAAGCAAAGUGA